UGGGGAAAAGACUCCGAAAUGUUGGUGGUGCAUCCCACGCGGGUAACGCGGGCUCGCCGCGGAGAAGGACGAAGACGCGACGUGCUUGCGAGAAGCAGGUUUUCAAUUGCUUUCGGAAUCAGUGCUGCUAUCGUUCCCCUCGUACAAGCUACGGUGCAGCACAGCCUGCUACACAGCCGACCGCUUUGACUUGUUGCUACCUCUCACUGACUCACGCUUUAGUUGCUUCCAUGUACCAGAGUAAAGAUUCGUGAAACCAGACCUUGGCAUGUUGUGCACAAUUGCAAGUACCAUCAUCAGCUCGUACAUCCGCUAGAUGUCGCCAUAGAUACGCAUACAAAGUUGCCUUCGUUGGCUUGCGAAUUGUAUCGACUUCCAGCCAAGCAUUGCUGAAUCGGGGUUGCCAAUAUGGCAAGCUGACCGCAAACACAUCAACCUUGAGCUUGAUACGUGUUCUCGCCUGCGAGCUCGAGCCUUUGCUGUGCAACAAAAUGAUUCACCUCACUCAGCUUUGGCCGUCCGCCUCGAGUCUUCAUCCGUCUGUACUACGGGCUUGACUGGGACGUUACGUGCACGAACCCCUGAAGCCCCCGCCUUCAAGUCAUCAGCAGCCAAGUUCAGUUUUGUAGUUGUAAAUAGCGAUGAUUAUCCUGCCAAUGUCUGCCUUAUC